AUGAAAAGUGUGGACCUUUCAAAAACAUAUUUCCUGGACGAAACGUGGGUGAAUCAGAAUGAAAGCAAAGAUAAAGGUUGGACGGACGACUCAGUGAAAUGCACCCUUGCUUCCCCCUUGGGCAAAGGUAAACGCCUGAUUGUUUGUCAUGCAGGAGGUUCCAGUGGAUGGAUUAAAGCACCGCCUCUACUAUUUCAAUCAAAGAAGACAGGUGAUUAUCACGAGGAUAUGAACAGUACUGUGUUUGAAAAGUGGUUUUUUAGCACCUCAAUUCCAGUUCUUCCUCGUGGUGCUACAAUAGUGAUGGACAAUGCGUCGUAUCACUCGAGAAUAAAGGAGAAGACGCCGACUUCAUCGUCGACGAAAGCUGUGAUGAUAGAGUGGCUGGAAAAGCGAGGAAUUCCCUUCGCAAAAGACUUGAAACGGCCUGAACUGUACCAGCUUGUACGUCUCAACAAGCCUCCAGUGCCUACCUACGUGAUUGACGACAAGGCUGCUGAAAUGGGAUUUCAAGUUAUACGUCUCCCCCCAUAUCACUGUCAAUAUAAUCCUAUUGAGAUGGUAUGGGCACAUCUAAAAAGAAUUGUCAGGGAUAGAAAUACUUCUUUCAAAAUACAAGAUGUUCAGGAAUUAUUCUACGAAGCCACGAGCACCGUGACACCAGGAAUGUGGAAAAAGUAUGUGGACCAUGUCGAAGGUGUAUUGGACGAAGAUUGGAAGAAGGAAAGACUUGACCAAAAUUGUGUGCAGCAGUUUCUUAUAAACUUAAUUCCUGGAGAAAGUGAUGAGGACAGUGACGAAGACAGUGAUAGUGAAGAAGACGAUUUGGGCGUCACUCCACUGUAA